UAGCCCCCUUUCUUUUCAGCAACACACACACACACCCCUAACAGUAGCAGCUGGGAAUGAAAGGAAAAAAAAAAAGAAAGGAAGAGGGGAAGAAGGAAAGGGUGAGAGCAGAGGUGAAGGGAGACCAGUGAAGGGAAAAGAGAAGAGGGAGGCGGCGCAGUGGGUGUUACUGCCACCGUCGCCGCUGCUGUUGACAUGAGAAGAGAGGGAGAUCUGAGAGAGUUAUAUCCGAGAGAGAGAGAAAGGAGAAGAUGCAGCGGCGCUGGUGGGCCUCGUCGCCGCCGUCACCGCACUUGCCAAGUCGCCGUCGCGUAGUCGUCGCCGCCACCACGCUCUGCCGCAACCCCAUCGAACUCGCCAAGCCGCCGUUGCACACCAGAGGAAAGAGAGAUCGAGCAGUGACGCUGCCGUCGCUGUUGGGGUUGUCGUGGUGGUUGCCGUCGUCACUGAAGGAGCUCGUCGCUGAGCUGCUGGGUCGCCGCCGGAGGAGAACUCGUCGAAAAGUUGCUGUCCUAUCCAGCCGUGCUUUCUCCUCCAUUCUUCCUCCACUGGUUCCGCCAUUAUCCUUGCCCUUUGAAAACGUCGUAGGAAGGGUUUCACACCUCUUCCAGUUCUGUUUCACCACCGUUCUAGCCUGCCGUUCGUCACUUCUGUUCGGUUGUGCCUUUGUUCGCUGUUUUGCUUGCCUAUUGGAGCUUUUGCUGCCUCCGUCCAAAUUUUUCGCUCUUUCGUACCCUUUAGUUUGGUACCCCGGGUUUGAUAUCUUCAGUUCUUUGAGACUAAGUUGAAUAAGUAUUUGAUUAUGUGAGCCUUUCUAUUCAAGAGUAAUGAUCUGCAAUGUGUUCUAUUCCUUGUUGAGUUCUUAGACGUCAUCUGCUUCAUAUGUCACAGGUGAUAUGCUAAGAGCAGCAGUGGCAGCUAAAACUCCACUUUGUGUCAAGGCAAAAGAAGCUAUGGAUAAGGGGAACUUGUAUCUGAUGACUUGGUUGUUGGCAUUAUAGACGAAGCAAUGAAGAAACCAUCUUGUCAGAAAGGUUUCAUUCUUGAUGGUUUUCCAAGAACUAUUGUUCAAGCACAAAAGCUUGAUGAGAUGCUAGAAAAGCGAGGAGGCAAAGUUGAUAAAGUGCUCAAUUUUGCCAUUGAUGAUGCAAUCUUAGAGGAGCGAAUUACCGGUAGAUGGAUACACCCAUCCAGUGGCAGAACGUACCAUACAAAAUACGCUCCUCCUAAAACUCCUGGGGUUGAUGAUAUUACUGGCGAACCUCUUAUUCAACGUAAGGAUGAUACUGCAGCUGUUCUUAAAUCAAGAUUGGAGGCAUUCCACAAACAAACCGAACCAGUUAUUGAUUACUAUGCAAAGAAGGGUAUGGUUGCUAAUCUUCGUGCUGAGAAGCCUCCCAAAGAGGUGACAGCUGAAGUUGAGAAGGCUGUAAGUGAUCAAAGCCACUGCUCGUGAUCAUUGAUCUCCUCUGCUACUGAAUGAACGCCAUUGACCGUGGUCAUUCAAUCUGACGAAGGGUGAAGCGCUUAGCAAGUCAUUCUCCGGGCGAUCCUACUCAAAACACCACAGACAAGGUCGAAUCUUCCGGAUUAGAGAACGCUACUUUUUUGGAUUCUAACCUAUACCACGGAGACCCUAAUCUCCCCGAAAAUCAGCUGAACUGGUGUCUUGAAAAAUCUCCAACGAAAUCGUGGAUUAACCGUCUAAGAGAUGUAUAAACAUAGCUGUUGGCUCGUGCUUUCCUUCCAAGUUUUCACACGAACCCAAGUUUUAACAUCUCUAAAAUCCCUCCUAACCACCCAAAUACUCAUAAAUAAAGACAAUAACAACAACAAUAAUAAAGAAAAGGAAAUAGAAGAAAAAGGAUUACUAAUUUACAGAUUUUACUGUAAUGAAUAGGUUUAGAUUAUUUAUUUAUCUAUUUCUUUUACUGAUUCAGAAUCAACUUUUACUGAUUCAGAAUCAACUGUUCACUAUAUAUAUUUUUUUAAUUAUUAUUGUUAAGGAUAUUGACAAAUCAGAUAUGACUAAAAUUUCGAUACAAUUCGCACUAAA